GGGACGAUCUAUCAUCUAACCGUUGGACUGGUGAAAGAAGGGAUCAUCUUGUAAGCAUGAGAAGAUGCUUUAAGCUUUGAGAUUGGAAUCUAUGUAAACCAACGGCAGGCAUUAAUAGAUCAACAUUCCAGACUGAACGGAAGUGCACCACACAAGUGCAUCAGGUCCCGACUCCGAUAAAUCAUCUUCCUUGGUAAGUUAGUAUUCUCGCCAGCCCACUGACACUGAGAACGCAAACUCUCCACCGCUACCGGUGACACAGCGAGGUAGGCAAAAAUGGUGUUCAAAGUUUAUCGUGUAGAAACUACUCCUUUCGAUGGGCAGAAACCAGGGACUUCUGGCUUAAGGAAGAAGGUGAAGGUGUUUAUGCAACCUAAUUACUUGCACAAUUUCGUUCAAUCAACAUUCGAUGCACUAUCAGCAGAUAAAGUGAAAGAUGCUACCAUUGUUGUUUCUGGUGAUGGUCGCUAUUUCUCAAAAGAUGCCAUUCAGAUUAUUAUUAAGAUGGCAGCUGCAAAUGGAGUAAGACGUGUGUGGGUGGGACAAAAUGGAUUACUGUCAACUCCUGCUGUAUCAGCUGUAAUCCGUGAACGAGUUGGGGUAGAUGGGUCCAGGGCAUCGGGAGCUUUUAUAUUGACAGCAAGUCACAAUCCUGGUGGGCCACAUGAGGAUUUUGGAAUCAAAUACAACAUGGAGAAUGGUGGGCCUGCUCCUGAGGCAAUCACAGAUAAGAUCUAUGAGAAUACAAAAACAAUAAAGGAGUACUUCAUUGCAGAAGACUUACCAGAUGUUGAUAUUUCUAGCAUAGGUGCUACAAGCUUUGGGGGGCCUGAGGGACAAUUUGACAUCGAAGUUUUCGAUUCAGCUAGUGAUUAUGUGAAACUGAUGAAGUCAAUUUUUUAUUUUGAAUCAAUCCGGAAGCUGCUUGCAUCUCCAAACUUCACGUUCUGUUAUGAUGCUCUUCAUGGAGUAGCUGGAGCUUAUGCCAAACGUAUUUUUGUGGAAGAGCUUGGUGCAAGUGAAAGUUCAUUGCUUAAUUGCACACCCAAGGAAGACUUUGGAGGAGGGCAUCCAGAUCCAAACCUGACAUAUGCAAAGGAGUUGGUCACACGCAUGGGAUUGGGUAAAACAAACCCUGAGAGUGAACCACCAGAAUUUGGUGCUGCUGCUGAUGGUGAUGCAGAUCGCAAUAUGAUCCUUGGUAAAAGAUUUUUUGUUACUCCAUCGGAUUCUGUUGCCAUCAUUGCUGCAAAUGCAGUUCAGGCCAUCCCUUAUUUUUCUGCUGGUUUAAAGGGUGUUGCCAGGAGCAUGCCUACUUCAGCUGCACUGGAUGUUGUUGCAAAACAUUUAAAUCUGAAGUUCUUUGAGGUACCCACUGGCUGGAAAUUUUUUGGGAACUUAAUGGAUGCUGAAUUGUGCUCAAUUUGCGGUGAAGAAAGUUUUGGAACAGGUUCAGAUCAUAUACGUGAGAAAGAUGGAAUUUGGGCAGUUUUAGCCUGGUUAUCUAUUCUUGCAUACAGGAAUAGUGGAAAUCUCAAUGGGGGAAAUCUAGUAACUGUUGAAGAAAUAGUUCGUCAACAUUGGACUACUUAUGGCCGCCACUAUUAUACUCGCUAUGACUAUGAAAAUGUUGAUGCAGGUGCAGCAAAGGAGCUAAUGGCCUAUUUGGUCAAACUGCAGUCUUCCCUUCCUGAUGUUAACAAGAUUAUUAAGGGUAUAAGAUCAGAUGUGUCAGAUGUUGUCCAAGCUGAUGAAUUUGAAUACAAGGAUCCUGUUGAUGGUUCCAUUUCAAAGCACCAGGGUAUCCGAUAUCUGUUUGAAGAUGGGUCAAGAUUGGUUUUCCGACUCUCUGGAACUGGUUCUGAAGGAGCAACUAUCCGACUUUACAUUGAGCAGUAUGAAAAGGAUUCCUCGAAGACUGGCAGGGAUUCUCAAGAAGCACUCGCUCCUCUUGUGGAAGUUGCUCUAAGUCUUUCAAAGAUGCAGGAAUUCACUGGUCGAUCUGCACCCACAGUUAUUACAUAAACUGCUUGCAUGCAGCAGUAAGAUUUUGAUUUCCAAAUUUCAGGAGUACGCGAUGUCCGCAUAUGUUAAAACUUUCUGAGCCAUGAUACUAUUACUAUCCAUCACUCAAUCGAGACAACCUGAAUAAGUACUUUUUCAUUCCACAAAAAGCAAAAAAAGAGGAACUUAGCUUUGUCGUCAUCAAUUUUAAUCUGGUGCAGCAGUUAAUC